UUAUUUGCAAAACCUUACUUGAAAGUGAAGACUUGAAUUGGUGAUGGUGUUUGCUAACUUGCUGUCAGUGUUACUGCUUCAGGAAGAAAGUACAAAGUACCUGACACUGGAGUCAUGGGGCAGGCUCCCAUUAAACAAAACCAAACAAAACCAAUCCAAACUCUCUGGCAUCUUUAUUCAACACAUCCCUGGUGUAGUAAGGCUGAAGAGUAUACUGUGGAACCAAUUGGAUCUGUGGGGGAGGAGGAGGGAGAAGGUGGAUGUUGUGUUAGGAGAUUGCUCUGGAGCUCUUGUUUAUUAGUGCCUGGUGGCAUUCUGUCCAACAGAGCAGAAGAGUCCUCCAGUACAGCUGCCAAUUAAUUCCUACACUCUGAUAUUAAAAUACAAUUAAUUGCAGCCACGGGACUGUUGGCUUGUUGGCAAUUUUCAGUGGAAGAUUACAAAAUAGCUAUAAAUAUGUUUAUAUAUAUAUAAAACAAGUGGAGUUUAUACAUUCUUGCCCACCUCUGGAUGAAGGACGUGCUGUGUGCAGUUAAGCAGGCCAGGGUGAUCAAAUCAGGUAGCAGCUUUGGUACCGAUGUAAGUGAGAGACAAGCUUUAGUACCUAGAUAAGUAAGAGACAAGCAGCACAGGGUUACUGCCUCUGAACAAAGCAGCAGCUCUGCCUGUUCUGUGCUGGAGAUGUACAGACGGAACAGUGCAUAAACAGGCCAGUAUUUUCAAACAGCUGUCAAAUUUUCACAAUAAAUGUGUGUUCUGGGCACCUGAUUUUCAGCCUACUGAGCUGCUGUCAUUCUAAGCAAAUUUACAAGGAGUUGCAUUUUCUCAACAUUAUAAAUCCUGUAAUGAAUCCCAUGGAAAUGUAAUAGUGAUUAUCCUCUAAGAACAUAGAAUUGUUCCAUUUGCAACUAUCAUUCAUUUUGUUUCUCUUUUACAUGGCAAGGGGUGGGGUGUGUGUAUGGAUGAACUCAUAAAUGCAAAAAAGAAUGGGAUGUCCUCUGUCAGCGGUUCCUGACAGCCCUGCAAAGACAGGCUACAGCAAGAAGCGUGGCUACAGCAUGGCAGGAUCUGAUCUGGGCUCCUUCUUCCCCUCUCCCAUCCCUACGCCUCUAUCCAUCAUGUUUGCUGCCCCGCGGUGGGUUUGUUCAGCUCUUUGUAGCUGUCCGUGGUUUUCCUGUGUUGCCUAUUCAGUGAAUGGAAUUGUUUCGCCGAGGCUGUGUCUGCGCUGGGGAAUAAAACUGGCCAGGGACUGUUCCCGGGAGCUGGCUCGGAGUGUCGGGAUGGCAGGGAGGCAGAGCGGCGUGCAGUGCCCUGGGCUGGGCGCUCUCCUGGGAGCCUGUCAGGCUGCUCCGGGACAGGCGUCGGGGAGGCUCCGGGUCAGCUCUGGCCAGGGUCAUUCACGGUGCCAGAGGUGGCCACGGGAUCCGGCAGCUCCAGGGAGGCACCGGGGAGCAGCGUGGCUGGAAGGACAGAGGGAGAGGGAAGGUGCGGGGCCGGCAGUGCCAAGGAGCUACUGAAGGGACUUGCUUUUGAUGUGUGUUACUUAAGCUGACUUGUCUAGGUACCCUUAAGGUAACUUUAUUUUGCAACCGGUAACUCAGCUGUGUGCUGUGUCCUCCAUAACUGCUCUUUCAAUGUCUGAUUCAAGGCAGCUGAAAUGCCUUAGAAAGUGAAGUAAAACUGGAAUGCGAAAAUACAUACAUGGCUUUUUUAAGAGGUUUUCUUUUCCUGGUUGUUUCACUGGACUCGUAUUCUUCCUCCACCUUUCUGCAGUUCAGGUGCUUGCGUGGUUAAAAGGAGUGGGGUGGCGGAUGUAGAGCAGUGCUGGUAUUGCUGUUAAACUGGGCACAAGACACCCUUCACGUCAUAGAGGAUGAGCAGGGAAAACAUGGCAGGAAAAGAAUUGGUUAUAGUCUGCCACUUUUUGAUCACGCAGGAGUGUGAGGCUUGUGAUCUAUAUACUGUAGUGAGUGACCUGAUUUAGAGCUGUGAAGUCAUGUGUCCCAAGUAUAUCCCCUAUCUGACACGUCAGGAGCUUGCAAGUACAAGUACUUGAUGUCCAUUUGCCAAAAAAUGUAGAUUAAUUGCAUUCAUGCCUGUUGCCAAGGCUUCUGUUAGUAACACCAACUCACCAACUCAGUGUAAACUUUGUUUUUGUGUGAUACAUUUAUCACAAAGAAAAACUUUUAAAGGUAGGGAUGUCUGAAUUGACAGAAUAAAACUGAAGGCCUUUUUCUUACCAAAAAAAACCCCAACAAAACCAAACCAAAACCAACAAAAAAACCCAGCAAGAAAAAGUGAAAGAAUUUUGUUUCACAUUCCACUCUGAGCUGUGGUAUGACAUUAAAUUGAAGUUAGUUUAUUUUUAGCAGGUUUCAUUUGUUUAUUUACUUAAACGUAAUAGCUGAGCAACAAGAGUAAAAGUAUUUCUAAUGAAUGAGUAAAAUUGUAGCACAAUAAAGAAUAAGCAAACUGCACAACUUCAGGUGCCAGUUACAAAAGACACCGGAUUUUUAUGUGCAGGUAGAAGAGUAUAAGAGUUGGCCCAUUGGAAUGACUCAGUUUUCAAAAAGACACUUGCAAGCAGAAGAGGCCUAAAUCUGUAAUAUUUUGUCUGAGGGUCAUUAUUUUUUAAAGGAUAUAAAUCCCCCUGUUAAGCUGAAUUUAAUUUAUCAAAUAAGUCAUGUUAUUAUGUCUACACAAGGGAAUAAAGUUUAUCAGUGAAAUAAAACCACUGAAAAUACACAGUGGUGGUGUUCUCUGCUCAGAAGGCGAAUUCAGGCUUCUUGAAUGUCUUCCAGAAAUAGAUGUAAAUUCCACUGUAGCUUUUCAAACAGUGAAUAAUCCUGGUCUGUUAUGUUUGGUGAUGAAUCAUGCGAGGAAUUGCAGAUGGUGAGGCGGGUGCAGCUGUGCAGAUGCUGGAGGAGCUGAGAUAGGAGACUGGAGGACCAAGGGGGUGAAGGAGCUGAUUUGGGGAUGGGUUGAUAUGGGUGAUUGAGGAGAGGGAUAAGACAGCUGAAAGAAUAUUGAAAAGGACUGUAACCUGAGAUUUGGGAUAGGGAGUGAGCUGGUGACUGAAAGGAGGUAUUCAUGAGGAAGAAACAUAUUUUUUGUUGUUAUUGAUCUUGGAAGCAAAAAUUGCAGUGUCAGAUACCAAAGCAACUGGUCUUUUGUCCUGAGACAAAACAAUAAGAAGCCCAAGCCAGAAGUUUAAGCUAUAAAUGGAAAGAGAAAACUAAGAGACUUCAUGUCUCUUUUAAAGGAAUACUGGUCUUAAGUAGGAGAGCUUUUGUAGGAAAAGGUACAGAUGCAAAGUUGUGGGCUUUUUUUUAAUUUCUAUUUUUCUGAGCAGGACAUGUGUAAUGAGAUCAGUGUGGCAAAAUUUGGGAGUUUGUCAGAUGGAGAAGUUGCAUGGGUCUAAGUCAACUAAAAAUGGGGGGUUGCAAGGCCUAAUCAUUAAAUGUAAGACUCAAAUGUAUCUUCUCACAAUCUUAAAUCAAUAUGCUAAACACACCUUUCAAAUUUUUGCAUUAAGUAAUUUUAAUUUUUUUUUCCUUCUCCUUUUAGAUUGAAAGUUUUAUUCUAAAACAAUAGCUCUUUAUUCAGGAAGAAUGUUGCCAUUUAGAUGUCUGCAGGCAAAUGUCCAGAUCAGUCUUAGAAGAGAGUUUUGCUCCAAAACUGAGAGCAAUUUUCAGGGUUGUUUUCUCACCUCUUCUGGUCUAGUUACCUGUCAGGUACAUGCAGUUUGGUCUGCUGUCCUGUGACCCCAGCCAAAUAAUUCUGAGCCUGAAAAUGUUCCCAAAUUAGAGAGAGCAGUGAUGGCUACAAAGGCAUUAAAGUCCUGACAUUUUCAUGGAAGUUGGUGGCUGGGAAGAGGAAAGGAAACUACAUUAUUGACCCUGCUGAGGAAGUGGUGCAAUAUGAAUUCAGCAACUGUCUGUUCUGUUUGGCCUGUCAGUUUGCAGCCAGCACAGGGGGAACAGUGAGCUCAGGCUGAAGCAGCCACAGUGUGUUGGUGAUGCUUUGGGGGUGCCAUCUGGGCAGGGAGCAAUGGUAAACACCUGUGUGAAUGGUAGUUCUCAAAUCUGGGUGCUGCCUCAGUGCUCCCAAACUUUUAUCGUGCUAUUUUAACUCACAAAACCAUAUGCAGCUGAAAAAAUUUCACUGCCAGCCAAUAAACUCAAAAUUAAUUGGCAUCUGUCAAAUAUAAUGCAUGGCCUUGAAUGAGGUUGUGUGCAAUUGAAGUAUUUCUGUCACAGGAACAAUCCUUUGCUCUUCUCUUGAAGAAUAAGCAAGGUUGAAAUAAUACAGGAAGGUUAAAUAUGCUCAUAAAACAAAAGAUUAUGUAAUUAUUUCUUAUCUUUCUUUUAUGACAUUUCAGCUAAAGACAAGUAUUUUUUAUUUAUGACACAGCAAGGAUUCUAGUUUCUAAAGAGUAUAUUACUGCUAUAUGUUAUGUUAUUAUAUAUAUUAUAUAUAUAUUAUGAUAACAUACUAAAGAAUAUGUUAUUAUCAAGAACAUAUACCACUUGCUAUCACACAUAAAGGUCUGCAGAUAAAAAACAAAAGGGAUUCCUAUAUCCUGUUUUGUAAGAACACAUUUGGAGUUGUCUGUACUUACACAUGAACCCUAAAUAUUGUUGAAAUACCAUCAGUUUCAGAAAGUGCAUCCAAGUGUUUUUUUUGAUUUUAAGUUAGUGGCAAUUGGCUUUUUCUUUUCAUAAAUAUAGUAUGUCUGAAUUUUCACAUUUGUAAGGAAGAGUUACUAGACAGUUAUGCUUGUAAAAAUUACGAUGUUUUCCUUGACAAAACAGUCAUGUAUAUUAUGUUUUUGUGGGUUUAUUUGGUUCUGGAUAUUUUUUAUCAAGCAUGUGAGCAAGUAAAUCUUUGGAGUGAGAGGUUUAUGUAGCAGCACCAUCAAUAUGCCAAAAAAUUUGCCUUGCACUGCAUCUGCGUGUAUUAGAUUAUAAUUUUAAUUGACAAUUUCAGUUGCACAGAUGUCUUUAAUUUGUUACCUUAUGAAGUUUAUUUCUACCAUAUGCAGUGAAAAUGUAUUCUGCAAGAGACUUAGCAAGGGGCUUACGUUUUAUUUACUUCAGGAAUUGAUUAUAUUGGAGAUAAUCAUUUAGGCACCACUCUAAAAUGCAAUUUCUAUUUGCCUGUUACCCUCUGAUGUCUGUGUCCUUCAACAAAUGAGGUCUCUGUAGAAUAUCAGGGUAUAGUUAGAAAACUGUGGAGCACGCGCUUUUCAUAAUCUGAGAUGCACUAAUCACAUGUAUAAGGAAACCAUUGCAGCAUUCCAAUUUAGUCUUAAGGAUCUGGCUCCCAGUGAGCAGCAUGUUGGGGCAAAUGCGUGGGCUGUUUGUAAAUGCUGUACAUGUUGUAAUCAACUUUGACUUCACCACUCAAACUUACUGUUACGUAUUAAUUUUAGAGAAAAAAACCACCUGACAAUGGCUUAGGACAUCUAAUCUAUGCCUGCAGUUCAUAACAUGCAGUUUUUGUGGGAUUUUUGGUUUGUUCCUUUUUCUUAAUUCUCUCAAUUCCAGCCAUACCAUGCGACCAGAUUUAGCCUCAAUCUGAGCUCUGAUCUCUGAAAUUAAGGUGUCCCUAACUGUUAAUCAAUUCAAAACCUUGGCUAAUGUAAUUAGCUCAUCAGAUGUUUAUACAGUGUUGCAAAACUUAGAAAAACCUGGCGACUUCCAAGUAAAUGGGCAAGGAGUUUUUGGGACGCACCAAAUAAGUGGGUAAGGAGUUUUUGGGACACAUGAGGAAAGUAAAAUAAGUUCAUCAACGGGGUAAUAAAAAUAAAGCAAAUACUCAGAUGACACAUUUGUGCGAACGUGACCUUGGCUCUUGGAUCAAAUAGCAAAUAUAUGUAUGUCGUGUUUGUCUGAAUGUGACCUCUCCUUGGUUCAAAUAUCAAUCAUAAAUCAAACCCCAGCUUUUGAUGUACGUGCAGCAGGAGCAGCCUUUUAGAUGAUGCACCAGAUCUCCAUUUCUCAGCAGUUGUGCUCUCCACAUGUCAGUGUUCAGCACACACACCCAGCAUGUGUGUCAGCGUGUUCUGUCAGCUUCAUGGCCUGCCAGGUGUUGUCACAGAGGCUUUAGAAUCUGUAGAACUUUGAAGCACAAACUGUUGUGAUUAGCACCUGUAAUCUUUUGAAUCUUCCUCGAGCAUGGAAUAAUUUGACUGGAAUAUAGCAGCGACUUGAAGAGAAACUGACAUUGAAAUGGCUUGGAUGAAGAGCAAAACCUGGGGGUUCAUUUGGGAGAGGAAAGGAAAAGGGGUAGUGUGUUGCGAGUGCAAAGUUGUAAAUGUAACAAUGCAGAGGGGUUUCCAUUAGAAGUUCUGGUGAGCUGUGAGCAGUAUUGGGGGAACUGUACUGAACCUGGGAGGCAGCACAUGGCCGAGAACACAGACUGCUCUGUAACACAGAGGUUAUUAAGCUGAUGCCAUGGCUUAGUUUCUUGCAGAAAAUAAAUUUGUAUUGUCCUUUUGAAUCUCUUGUUAAUAAAAUAUACUUUCUUCAGUGGUUAUGCCUCAAAAAUACUGGAUAUUAUGAACUGCAAUAUGAAUAUUUAUGUGCAUUAACAACAAUGCAAUAAACUGAAUAAUCUUCCCUCAUACUGCUUCACAGACUGAUUUUUUAAAAACCAUAUUAACAAUAGUGUCUUCAGUCUAUAGAUUAGGCUGAUAGUCAGUUUGAUUAUAAAAAUGGGAACAGACACAAUUACAAACUGAGAGGUUUUUUAGGCCUUCCAUGUAUCUGAAGUAUAAAAGUUGAAGCAAGACAAAAGACAUUUUUAAUGCAAGGUUUUUCACUUAAGUCUUUGGCAGUGCUUGCUUCAGCUUGGUACUAUCUAAAUUUCAGGUUGGCUUAUAAUGUAGUUAAAAAUACAAAAACCUAGGAACUCAAAAUACGCAAAGCAACCAACAAAAAAAAAAUCUCCAAAGCCCCACAAACAAACAAAAGCCCCAAAGCAACAAAAACCCCUCCAAAAACACUUCUUGAAGAAAACAGUAAAUUGGAGGAAAAUAUUGCAGGUUUUUCAACAACCCUAAGUAUAGCAUCUUAUAGUUUGUUAAUUUAUAUUACUCUUGACUUAUUCUGAAGUCCUGAGUAGACGGCUCUUUAAAGGAUUCAGCAGGCACAGAUUUAAAAGAGAUUUGGAAGCUUUACUUUGACAUACAGCUGUUUCUGACUUUAGUUUCAGUUCAGCAUUCACUAGACAGAAAAGUCAAGUCUGCCUAUUCCCAGUUACAGAACCCUCCAAAGCAUUUACUUUUUGGAUAUGAAAACUCACAUUUAGAGGAGAAAAAAACAAACCAAACAACCAAAAAAACCUCAGUCAUGCUGGCAUUCUAUGCAGACUUGAAUCUAUUUGAGCUUGAAGGCAGUUCAAACAACACCUCAAUCUCCACUCUUUACAAUAUGGGAUUUUCCUUUUAUCAGAAGGGCCUUGAUGCAAAUUUGAUUAAUGCCAUGUUUGAUACAUCCAUUUAUGUGGAAGAAAGCAAGCAUGAUUGCUGAUAGGUGUAAACUUGAGGUGAUAGACCUGUAAGUCUUGUCUUUGGAGCCUGGAGGCAAAGGUUGCAAAACCUUCCUGUCCUGUUGCUGAUGAAACCAAAUUUGGCUCCUGCUGCCAAAGGGAUUGCAGGGGCUCCUUUAAACACAGGCUUCGGAUCUUACUGCGCCCAUACCCGGGAGCUGCGGUCUUUCGUUACGUCUGCAGCUGAGCUGUCUGGUACAGGCUGACUGGUCUAAUGGUGUGGAUGAAAUAUGGUGAAAUCUGUUUUCUUGUCUAAUCUGAAGUCAGUGUAAAUAUGAAGUGUUCUGAGCGGAGUUCCUAGUUACCAGGAUCUUGAGGGGCUUGUUGAACUCAAAAUUCUCCUUUAGGAAGCCACUUGAUGCUAGGAUGUUGCUUUAUUCUUUACAGGCAGCUGAAGGCUUUCUUUGAGCUAGAUUCUACUCCCAGCUUGAGUUUCCAGCAUUGGAACUUUAGUUUCAUUUUUGUUAUUUAUUUAUUGGAGCAUGUUGUGUCACCUCAGGGUAAAUGCCUGGGUCUUCAGGCAUUACUGGAUUUCAGUGGCAAUUUUCCUGCUGGAAGGUGAGUAUCUAUGGGAUAUGCACAUAGCAGCCUGCAUGACAGCUCCAUAGCCCUACCAAAAGGUGGUAAUACCCCUUAAUCUAAUAGAGGUGCUGUCUGAUCUGUAAAGCAGUUUUCACCUCCCACAGGAGACCAAAGAGGCAUUGGCUCCUUCACCUCAUGCAGUGCAAGUGCCUGGUUUGCAGACCCAGCCUGUCCACACAGUCACCGGAUUCUGCAGAGGAGAUUCAGGCUGCAUGUACAAUUAUAUUUUGGCCAUGCAGCACGUGUAUGCCUCUUCCCAGCUGCUUAUUUGUACUCUCGCCAUUGAGCCAGCACUAAUAUUUGUAAGGCUUUGCAGUGAACUGGAUCAGGGAAGUGGUUGGAUUGAAAAGUACCACGUUUUUAGUGUGUAAUCAUGGCCUCAAAGAUCAGUCAUGGCUCUGGAAAUUCCAUUGAGUUCCACUCAACCCAAACAUGUUAAGUGAGCUGUUUGACAUUAGGUGAGAUGAAUUACCUCUCUUAUUUCUGUUUGCUGAAAAUUAAUUUCCUCUUUGUAGUUUUUUCUCCAUUAGUAACUGCAUUUGUUGUGUGAAAGUGAGAGGGUAUGAUAUUUGAAAGAAAUAGUUUCAUUAUCUCCUGAAUAAUUUUGUUGCUACCCUGUUAUUAGUUACUUCUUAAACAGUAAUCUUGGCAAAACAAAUUUUUAAAACUAUUUAGUGCAUAAUAAAUGUGUUACAUAAGUGAAAAAGCAUUGGGGGAAAUAGUGGAUAUCUAGUCUUGAAGGUCUAGAAAGCAGCUGAAUUGUCUGAAGUGGGAAGGUCAGUCACAUUUAAAAGGAGGGUUGAGUGGUCCUGGUCAGAGACACUGAUCUGUAACAUACACUAGCCAAUGUAAUUUAAAAUCCACUGGGACAGAAAAUCCUGGGUCCAAAGAAACACAGCUUCCUAGCUCAGUAAGUUCUCAUUGAGUUUGGCUGAUCAAUAUAAACCAAAAAAAAAUACCAUUUUGUGUUAUUUUUGUCAUUUUGUCUGGGCUUAACCCCAGGAGGCAACCAAGCCCCACUUGCUCACUCACCUGCCAUGGGGCUGGGGAGAAAAUUCAAAUCAAGGUUGCAUAGAAUUUUUCCUUAUGUGACUUUUAAGAUCCUGACUUUACAGCUUUGCUGUCAUUUUUCAAUAUUAGGGUAUGUAAAUUUUGAUUUCUUUUAAAGACAAAGGAUACCUAUAAGUUCCAUAUGGUAUCUUGGAGCACAGCUGAGUAAAGGGAAGAAAGAUGACAUUUUUCUGGGUGGGGUUUUUUGGAGAGGGGGUGUGCAAUUGGCAGUCUUGAUGAAGGGGUAGCUUACGAAAAUUUUUCAUCACGUCCAUAGAAAAUGUUCUCUGACUUGUGUUAUUAAUACUUUUAAAAUAAAAAAUCGUACAAGUAUGUAAAGUUACAAACUAUGAAAAUUGAAUCAAUUGUCACAUGAUAAAUUAGAAAAUAUGCAUCCUUUGCCAGGUGGAAGUCUGAGUGUCACACUGUAGGUACCAAAUCCCGUUUUCUGUUAUUUUUUGUGUUGAAUCAGGAUAUUGGAAAUAUUCUUCAGCUUGCAUAUUCAAGGAUCUUCCUAUUCAGUGAAGUUUUCUAAAAAUAUCUAUUGCAAUCACGAGUUUACAUGUGCUGUUUUCAGCCCCAGCAUUCUCAAAAUGACCUAGAGGUAAUGAGUGUUUCAACUUUAACCCUGGUAUUUGCAAGCAAGCCCUUUACACGAUCAAUUUGUUUAUGCAGUAAGAUCAGACUUUGUUACUGCUUCCCAGAGACCUUUGCAUCUCAGAGACCUGUUUCCUUACAGAAAUUAUCCCUGGUGUGGCAAGUAUUAAAUGUGGAAGGGCUGGAGGUUUAGUGUCCCUCCAUCACUUGCCAAAAAUGGAGCGAGUAACUGAUAGCUGCAUGUUGAGGUGUUUUUCUUUAAUAAACUGACUGAUUUCUUUGGGACUGGUUUCAAGUUUGUAGUAUAAAGAAGUUUAAGUGACUGCUCUACUUGAUCAAAAUGGUGGACACUGAAAACCAGCUCUAUCCUCUCACUCCCUUGGAGGAGGAGGAUAUAGACAGCCCUUUAUCUGGAGAGUUCCUACAAGAUAUGGAGAACAUUCAAGACCUGUCCCAGUCUCUAGGUGAUGAUAGUUCUGGAGCUUUAAGUUUAACAGAAUUCCAGUCACUGGGAAAUGGUCCAGGAUCUGAUGGAUCAGUUAUAACAGACACCCUUUCACCAGCAUCCAGUCCUUCAUCCAUUAAUUUUGCCACAGCUCCAGGUAGCAUAGAUGAAUCACCCAGUGGAGCACUAAACAUUGAAUGUAGAAUUUGUGGGGAUAAAGCCUCAGGCUACCAUUACGGAGUACAUGCUUGUGAAGGUUGUAAGGGCUUUUUCAGAAGAACAAUUCGUUUAAAACUCAUCUAUGAUAAAUGUGAUCGCAACUGCAAAAUUCAGAAAAAAAAUCGUAAUAAGUGCCAAUACUGUCGUUUUCAAAAGUGCCUUUCAGUUGGAAUGUCACAUAAUGCAAUACGUUUUGGACGAAUGCCGAGGUCUGAGAAGGCCAAGCUGAAAGCAGAAAUUCUAACAGGUGAAAAUUAUGUAGAAGAUUCAGAAAUGGCAGAUCUCAAAUCACUUGCCAAAAGAAUUCAUGAUGCCUACCUGAAAAACUUCAAUAUGAACAAGGUUAAAGCCAGAAUCAUCCUUGCAGGGAAAACCAAUAACAAUCCACCAUUUGUUAUACAUGAUAUGGAUACAUUAUGUAUGGCAGAGAAGACCCUGGUGGCAAAACUGGUAGCCAAUGGGAUUCAGAACAAGGAGGCAGAGGUUCGAAUCUUCCACUGCUGCCAGUGCACGUCUGUGGAGACUGUGACAGAGCUCACGGAAUUUGCCAAAUCCAUCCCUGGCUUCUCCAACCUGGACUUGAACGAUCAGGUGACGCUGUUGAAGUAUGGGGUGUAUGAAGCCAUAUUUGCCAUGUUGGCCUCUGUGAUGAACAAGGACGGGAUGCUGGUGGCUUAUGGGAAUGGAUUUAUAACCCGGGAGUUCCUGAAAAGCCUGAGAAAGCCAUUCUGUGAUAUAAUGGAGCCAAAAUUUGAUUUUGCAAUGAAAUUCAAUGCACUGGAUUUGGAUGAUAGCGAUAUAUCCCUUUUUGUUGCUGCCAUUAUUUGCUGUGGAGAUCGUCCUGGUCUUGUAAAUGUAGGACACAUUGAAAAAAUGCAGGAGAGCAUUGUGCAUGUACUGAAACUUCACUUGCAAAACAACCAUCCUGAUGACACCUUCCUCUUCCCAAAACUUCUCCAAAAAAUGGCUGACCUCCGACAGCUGGUCACAGAGCAUGCUCAGCUUGUUCAGAUAAUCAAGAAGACUGAAUCUGAUGCACAUUUACACCCUUUACUACAGGAAAUCUACAGGGAUAUGUAUUAAGGACUUUUAGUAUUUUUUUUCCACAAUAUUUAAAGACAGAGAAAUACAGAUGGGAGCAAAACUACUUGUACAGUUAUGGGCUGUUCACUCAGCCCAGAGCAGGAAAAAUCUAAAACUGGGAAACUGGAGUGUUACACUUCUUUUGGUUUGGGAUCUUUUGCCUUCUUUUGAAAAAGUGCUGCAGAAAAAUACUGGUCAGAGUGCUCAAUGAAGUGUCUUACAAUGGUUCUUUUAUUGGAAAUUUGAAGAUUGGUAAGGAAUACGUAUUUGUAUAAUAAAUCAGAUUGUUAAGUAACAGAAAUGAACAAAAUUGUAUUUCCUCUUGGCUUAGUCGUUUUAGUAUUAAUAUAACAAAUUCAGCACCUUCCUUCCACGUAUCUGCACAGUCAGAAAGACAAUGCACUUUUGCCUAAUGGUAACUACUGAGAGCCAGCUAACACUUUUUCUUAAAGCAUUCAUCUAGGUGUAGCAAAUGGCUGGAUAUUACUGUCCAUACACUUCUGAAAAUGUGGAGAGAUCUUUGAUCCAUUGUUGCUUUAAUUCCAUGAAAUGAUGUACAGCUUCAUCUAUUGUUAUGUUGGCAAACUUAGGAUUAGCAGGUUUAAAAGACAGUUCUCUUAUGAAAUUAAACAAAAUCCAAAGAGUUAUCUAAAACACUGCAGAGAUGCUCCAACAGGUGUGUCUUGAAGAGUAAACAUGAUAAACUGAUGGGACCUUUUUGUUUCAAAAGCCUGUUAAGGAAAUGUGAAAAUAUCACUGAGGAAAAGAUAUUGUAUACCCUGUAUUUUUGUAGAACUUGUAAUGGCUCAGGGUGCAGUUUUGACAUAAAAAUACUACUUUGAAUUAGCAAGAGUUUUGGAGAGACUGAAAAAUUAAUCCUACCCUAGGGAAAAAAAAAAAGAAUUUUAACUUUCCAUCAAGGAUACUGCACUCUUCUGCAGUGAUAGAUGACUCCAAAGGAAUGGUUGGAUAGGAAAGGCACCAGCUUCCUCUAAGUGUCUUGGCAGUAUAGUUUGGACCUGUUGGUUUUUCUGAUGAAUACACUGCUUCAUUUUUUACCCACCUGGAUAUAUUUCUAUUCCUUCUUCGGCCUCAUGGAUAGAAGUAUUUGGUACUUGUUUUCACCAGAUGUUGUCCUUGUGGUUCAGGUGACAGUAAUACCAGGAGCAGUGUUCGUAGGUGUCAGGCUGUGUCAUAGAAUGGAAGGCAGCACAGCUGAGAGUGAGUUUAUUGUGUUCCUGGGAGUAAACUGAUUUUUACAACAGCACUUGCUGCACUCCUGCUGCGAGAGAAGCCACAAUGAAAUGGCUUCCUGACUUUGCCACUUCAUGGGCUCUUUUCUCAGAGAGCUGCCCAGAAGUGCCAGCUGCCUGCAAGGCACUCUGCUGUUUCUCUUUUGUUUCUUUGAUACAGUAACUUCACAUUAUUACCUCUUAAUUUUACUUUCUGUUUCACAACAACGAGGUCUCAGGAGCAAUCCCAGCGUUUUCACUACAGUUAAGCUUCCAGUGGCACAGGAGGACACUUUGUACUUGUUUUAUUGUAGCACAUUUGAAGGCACCAGAAUUUUCACCAGGAUUGAGUGAUGAAGUGAGAACAUCACGUUGUCAUUCCUAUUUCAGUGGCAAUGCUUGUUUCUGUCCAGGCCCACAGGCACAGCUGGAUGCUGGAAAAAUUACAGGUUUAAAGGCAACUUGGGCUUUAUCUGGGCAAUGAUUGUGGCAGAAGUUAUAGAUAACUACAGAUAUAUUUAGUGUAAAAUACUGAAGCACAGGCCUCAAAUUUGGUGAGCAUCUAGGGCAGGAUAGAAAUAGUAACUGCAUGUGCACAAAACUUCCUCCCCUUCCCUUUGCCAGCGGGAAGAACACUCAAACACUCAGAGAGGAAUGUUGGUCUUGCCAGGAACCCUCAGAUGAGAAAUGGGCUGCCUUUUGUGUCCCAGAGCAGCACACAGUGUGCCCUCAGAAACAGAGGAUUUUAGGAAUGCUGGCGCUUUAUUCUUCCAGCCAAGCCUGUUUCACUGAGGAGCUGUGGGGUUUGGGCCACGGAAAUAAUUGAUCUGUGAUAUUGCUGAUGCAAGAAGUUGUCAAAAUAUCAGCCAUUCUGGGAUGCUGUUCUGAAACUGUAGGAGCCAGUUCAUUUAUCCUCUAAAAAAAAAGGAUAACUUGAAAUUUUUUUCCCCCAAAGGACAGAUUUUUUGCAAAGGACAAAUUCAAAGUUGUAUUUCAAAGUUGUAUUCCAUAGUCUAGGUGUACUGUAGGUUCUCAGGAAAAAUCAGCCACGGUCAGUGUGCAUAACUAUUUUUCCAGCUCUUGUUCUCAAAAGUGGCUAAAACACUUUAGUAACGCUUAAAAACAUGGAAAAAUAAUAAUAAAUACUUAAAUUCUCAGCAAAGCUAUAAAGAAUUGCAAAUAGAGUAACUCAGUGAAAGACAUAAUAUUUAGCUGUUUUAGCAGCUGCUUGUAACAAAGUCCUGUUGUAAGCAUGAGAAAUAAUUUUUUUGUUAUUUGAAAACCAGCGAGAAAUUUUCAACUACUUCCUUAGACACUAAAGGUUUGAUUUCUGUGUUAAAUUAAAUUGCAGACCCAUAAUGAAAAAAAAAAAAAAAGAAAAGGAAAAAAGAGAACACAUCUCUGAAUUACAGAAAUAAGAACAAGAUGUUAACACAGCCUAAAAUUCUGGAUGGAUUCCACUGCCCACACUGCUGUCCUGUGCACAUUCCCACAGUCACUUCAAUGAGUGGCACAGGGCAGACAAUUCACCUCCCAAGAAUUAAUGGGCAAAAGAAUUUCUCAUUUCUACAUUAUACUUUUAAGGAAUUGCAUUUGCUCCUUCAGGAGAUGACUACAGCAGGUUUUGGCCAAGGAAAUUUUAAAGUUAUUCAGUUUAUGUCCUUUUUUUUUUUUUAAUUUGGAAUCCAAACUAGU